AAGCCAACACAAUUGAUUGAUCAUAUCGAGUGCUAGCUACACAAUGGAGAGUGGCUGUUGUACUAGAACCAGUGCUGCUGGAUUCAUCUGUCUAAGUGUGGCAGUCAUAGUCUACCUCAACACACUGAGCUGUGGAUUCUGUUAUGAUGAUAAAGCAGCUAUUCUGCAGAACAAAGACUUGCUCCCUAGCUCAUCAUGGAGUGAUCUGCUGUGGAAUGAUUUCUGGGGAACUCCAUUGCAUUUGAAUGCCAGUCACAAGUCAUAUCGUCCUCUGUGUGUGGCCACGUUCCGACUCAACUAUCUGUUGGCCGAGUUGGAGCCCAUGGGCUAUCAUUUGGUCAACAUUCUCCUCCAUGGAGUCGUGUGUUACUUGUACGUUCACCUGGUCAGUCUAGUCUGCAGUCAAGUGUGGCCAGCACUGAUAGCAGGACUCCUCUUUGCAGUCCACCCCAUACACACUGAGGCUGUGGCGGGCGUAGUGGGGAGAGCCGAGUUAUUGGCAGCGCUGUUCUUUAUAGCAGCUCUCCUAACUUACCACAAAGCAGCUCGAGGUCAAGGAUCUGUUGGUUGGUUGCUAUGCAGCAUGACACUGACGCUAUGCUCACUGCUGAGUAAAGAGACCGGGCUCACUGUCACAGUCGUGUGUGUGGUGUAUGACUACUGCAUCUUACACAAGGGAACUUUACAAUCAGCCGUUGAUCUUGUGAGGCAGCUCGUUACCUACCACACCACCCCCCAGCCAAUGUGGGUGUGGUCAUUCCUCUAUCGUACCGUCGUGCUAACUGUGUACACUGUUACACUACUGGCCACUAGACUAUGGAUGAGCGUCACACCACCUAACUUUAACUCGAAAGAUAAUGAAGCGUUGGAUUUAGAUACUCCGUAUCGGCAGCUACAUUGGGCCCACAUGACCUUUGUGAACUCUGAACUCUUGCUGAACCCUAGCAGACUAAUGUUUGACUACAGGAUGGGUGCUAUUCCUCUCAUCACUUCAUUACUUGACUAUCGCAAUAUCCUGACUAUCCUCACAUUGUCUGCAUACGCUGGACUGGGGCUGUACUCCCUUCAUGUGUUCCAUUGGCCAAGAUCUCACACUCGUACAAACCAACUCACUCAAAAUGGAUAUAGCAACGGUCAUAGCAACGGUCAUAGCAACGGCCAUAGCAACGGCCACAGUAACGGCUAUAAUGUCAUUAAUGGCACCACACGCAAUCAUUGCAAUGGAGCUGCUCUAACAUGUUCAUAUUCUACGAUACAGCCUCGUACAUGUAACAAGCUGUACAGUUCUCAACAGAUUUUGUUGUUUGGAUUAACACUGAUUGUUGUACCGUUUCUACCGGCUACUAAUAUCCUCUUCCCUGUUGGGUUUGUUGUAGCAGAGAGAGUACUCUACCUGCCCAGCAUGGGACUAUGUCUACUAGCAGCACACGGACUAUGGAAACUACUCAAUAAAUCAUCAACAUCUAAUUUAGCAAAACUAUUUCUAGCCAUUCUCCUGCUAACACACACGACUAAAACUAUGAUCAGGAACAGAGAUUGGGCCUCCAAGAUCACAAUGUAUGGGUCACUGUUAAAACUAUUCCCUCACAAUGGUUAUGCACUAGCGAACCUUGCACGAGAGUAUCGCAAUAGUGGGGAGCAUGGCAGAGCGGAGGAUGCCUACAGAUUAGGAAUGGCCGUGGCUCCAAAUGUAUCCAUUAAUUUUGUCAAUCUUGGAGCAAUGUUAAAAAAGCAACAGCGCUUCAGUGCAGCAGAGCCGGUGUUGUUUGCAGCCGUAGCGGCAGUUCAAAGGUCACUGAGUGCUCAUCCUGAGGACAGAGACAAGUUGUCCAACUUGUAUGUUAGUCUGAGUGGAGUGGUGGGACGUGAGGGGGGCAGGUUGAGUCAGGCAUUGGAGCUAGUUGAGGAGGGGCUUAAACUAAAUGAUACCAAGUCAGCAGCCCACAACUCGAGAGGCUCACUACUCUGGAGAAUGGGACACUCUGACAAGGCAAUGGAAGCGUUCACUAGAGCUCUAGGAUUGGACGCCACUAACACCAACGCUCUGUACAAUCUUGCUCUUGUGUACAAGCAACGAGGGGAGGCAACAAAGAGCGUGCAGACAUUAGAGGUUCUACUGCGAGUGGAUGGAUCUCAUGAACUUGCUAAGAGAGCUCUUCAAGAAUUGAAACUGUUGACAGUUUAGCUACGUACGUUAUUAAUCAUUUAUUUUCAUUUUAUUUACUCACAUAUGCAUUGUAUUAUAUCAACAAUCGAUUCUUAAUUAUAAAAUUAG